AUGCGCAGAAACACAAUCCCACGAAAGUCAGCCCAGGCUAGCGAUUAUGAAGACCUACCACAUAUUCUCGCUGGAUUGGAUCUCCAUCAGAAUUAUGCACCGAUCUCACCCCCUUCAACCACUUACAGGGCCCCUGGGCUUUUGCUCGAAGAGCAGAUGUCACGACUCCUGCAUCGGAGAACUGAGCAGGCUGGUAAACUCGACAUUUUGCGGGAAGAAGUCUCAUAUUUCGUGGUCGGCUUCAAGCUAACCGAUUUACCAGAUAUGAUAGCCUCCUAUAUUCCUAGUUGGCAAACCAACACUCUCCCUGGGUCCUUCGCGCAUCUCCUUUACUCACUGUUUGGUUCAUUUGAAGCAGUGGUUGAACUUCAGCAAUCCCUUGACAAUAUCCCAGAAUAUUUCGAUGAACACCGACACAGGGCAAUGUUUGCAAACCGAAUUCGGAACUUCAAUCGCGAGCCAGAGGACCUCAAGUGCGGUGCUACCGUCGCACCUCAGCUCCCACCGUCUCAGGACGGCGAAUGGUGUAGGAAAAGUGACGAAUUCUUAUUCUCUCGCGAGUUGCAAAUGCUCAGAAACUUACUAGAACCUCUACGCGAUACAUCCAAGCCAAUUUACUGGAUUACUGACCGAGCCGACAGUGCUCUGGAGAUGGACAAUGGCUUCCUGGCCUCAAAGGAAUUGAUUGCGGAUUUUAAGAAGGAUCUCUAUGAAACCGCGUGGAAUCGCCGCAAGAACUACACAAUCUAUGACCCCCGUCCAGCCUGGGAUGAACAACAAAUGGAAACAAAACAGGUCAGAGAAUACCGCCUCCAAGCCUGCAAAGGAACAUUAUACUGGGACCGCUGGCCGCCCGUCGAAGAGCAGUAUGACAAGAACGCCCAGGCCACAAAACAAUUUAUCAUUGACAACAAUCCGAAGGUCGCUGAAAUCCUUGGAUUCCUGCCACUAGAGAACUCCCGACCGCCAGCAGCCCUGAUCUCAACCCAACCAGGUAUCGAGCUCGCAUGCAUCACCGACCUCGAACACUACGACGACCAAAUCACGAUCUUACUCAUACGGAUCAGCCAAUGGCUAGCUCUCGCCCGCGGCUUUCCAGCAGUCCACCUGUUCUGCGACAUCGUCCGGCUCUUUACCAUCUACGGCGUCGACGUGGCCAACGCCGUGCAAGUGGAGUUCUGCAAGCAUUUGACUGGCUUGUCGUCAUUAUCCUGGGACCCUGUCGAAUUGCCGCCGCUGUUUCCCUGUCUGGAAAGCGAGAUCGAGGCACACGAGCUCUGUCCCGAAGAAAUCCGAAGUCAGCAUGCGCGGAACUGCUGGGCGGAGCAGCAGUUGAUGACGUGUCGCUCGCUUUGGUGUAGGGAUGAUAACGCUAUUGCCUGGGACUACCCCCUGCAGACUCUCGUCUGGGAAGAGAAGGAGGAUGGCCGGAUGCUUGCGCUUAGGUCUCCACCUUUCCAAGAUCAUGCCAGACAUAUCCCGUGGGGGUUGGUUGAUAUGUUGAAGGAGGGGUUGUGGGUUGGCGAGUAUGAGGAUGAUUGGCUGGCACAGUUCGUGGGGUUCAACAGCGAGUACUCAGAUGGCUACUCUACCAGUUUCUGCGGCGGGGAGUGA